AUGCUUCUGAUGAUGAAAUAUCCAGAAAUCCAGAAAAAGGUUCAUGAGGAAAUUAUCAGAGUUAUUGGAUCGGAACGACCUCCCAGAAUUGACGAUCGGAAAGAUUUGCCUUACACUGAUGCAGUGAUCCAUGAGAUCCAGAGAUUUGGUGACAUUGUACCAAUGAGCAUAACACAUGAAACGACAGUGGAUGUAAAUUUCAGAGGAUACUUCAUUCCAAAGGGAACCCAAGUAAUUCCAUUGCUGACCUCCGUGCUUUAUGAUAAAACACAAUGGGAGAAACCAAAUGAGUUCAACCCAUCUCACUUUCUGAAUGCUGAGGUCAAGUUUGUGAGGAGAGAAGCCUUCAUGCCCUUCUCUGCAGGGAGCAUCAGCAUUUGUAAACCAUCCCUUGUGAAGAUGAUGAUGAGCCAGAAUUAGAGAUCGGCAAUCAAUAUAAGCCUGGCCAAUGACAGUCACAUCCUGUAGACAAUUUUAAAAAAGAACAUGGCUGUUAAAUUGCACAAACUACAGCAUGUUUUUCUACAUUACGACAGUAGCAAAACGUACACUGGAAAGAUCUUUGGU